UAGUCCACCAUUUCUGGUAGCGAUAAGGAGCUGCUCUGGGGUAUAAAAGCUGUUGCACUUUGGGGAGAUCUCAUGUUCAGAAUAUCUGCCGAGAUGAAGUUAUUGGCUGUUCUUUUUGCCGUGCUGGUUGUUGUCGUGAUGACAGCCAUUCCCGUUUUUGGAAAUAUUCCCCAGUGUCCUCCCACCGAUGAUGUAGCUCAAGGCGGUAGCUACCCCAUCACAGAACUAAUGCGAAAUGGUCGAAGACCUCCUGUCUAUAAUACCGGAAGGAAUGGAAAGUAGAACCAGGACAGAAAUUUUUGAAGUGGAAAUAAAAUGACACCCUUUUGACCUCUCUAAGUAAAGAGUGCGUUUUAAACUUG